GAGACGCAGAGGAUGGGCAUUUGCAGUAACCACUGGAGAGGGACAAAAGGGACAGGUUUUCUAGUCUCCCUGCGAAGUGGCGCGGGAAGGUGGUCUUUGUGACUGGGGGGCACUAAAGGCUUUUGGUUUGACGGAUUAUCGAGAAAACCAAUGAAAGUGGGAAGGAGGCGGGGCUUCUAGGCGGUUUGGCGCAACACCCCUAUCAGAUGCUUUUAGGGAGUUCAGCGGUACCAAAAAUCUAACCUAUCAAAUUGGACUUUGUAUUAAGGCGGUGGGGUCGACAAAAUAACUGGCAGAAAACGCUCGCCUAUAAAGAGUGUCCUAGACAAACGAAGGCGGGCACUCCUGCCAAACGUCGUAGGCAGCACCCAAUAAGCUCUCAAGGCGUGCUAAUCCUUCCCCUCCCCCCGCGGCGGGACCAGUGGCUCCCCCUAUCGGGUGGGGGCGGCGAGUGACGGGCGUGUCCCUCCCCCAAUGAGAGGCGGGGGGAGGCGGGUUCUGCGCCGCCAUGUCGCGGAGGCUGCUGCCCCGGGCGGAGAAGCGGCGUCGGCGGCUGGAGCAGAGGCAGCAGCCGGACGAGCAGCGGAGGCGGUCGGGAGCGAUGGUGAAGAUGGCAGCAGCAGGCGGCGGAGGCGGCGGUGGCCGCUACUACGGCGGCGGCAGUGAGGGCGGCCGAGCCCCUAAGCGGCUCAAGACUGACAACGCUGGCGACCAGCACGGAGGCGGUGGCGGUGGCGGUGGCGGAUCCGGGGCGGCGGGCGGCGGCGGAGGGGAGAACUACGAUGACCCGCACAAAACCCCUGCCUCCCCGGUUGUCCACAUCAGGGGCCUGAUUGACGGUGUGGUGGAAGCUGACCUUGUGGAGGCCUUGCAGGAGUUUGGACCCAUCAGCUAUGUGGUAGUAAUGCCUAAAAAAAGACAAGCACUGGUGGAAUUCGAAGAUGUAUUGGGGGCUUGCAAUGCCGUGAACUACGCAGCCGACAACCAAAUCUAUAUUGCUGGUCACCCAGCUUUCGUAAACUACUCUACCAGCCAGAAGAUCUCUCGCCCUGGAGACUCAGAUGACUCCCGGAGUGUCAACAGUGUGCUUCUCUUUACCAUCUUGAAUCCUAUCUACUCUAUUACUACGGAUGUUCUGUAUACAAUCUGUAAUCCUUGUGGCCCUGUCCAGAGAAUUGUCAUUUUCCGGAAAAAUGGAGUGCAGGCCAUGGUGGAAUUUGACUCUGUUCAAAGUGCCCAGCGGGCUAAGGCCUCACUCAAUGGGGCUGACAUCUAUUCUGGCUGUUGCACUCUGAAGAUUGAAUAUGCGAAGCCUACGCGCUUGAAUGUGUUCAAGAAUGAUCAGGAUACUUGGGAUUAUACAAACCCCAACCUCAGUGGACAAGGUGACCCUGGCAGCAACCCCAACAAACGCCAGAGGCAGCCCCCUCUCCUGGGAGACCAUCCCGCAGAAUAUGGAGGGCCCCACGGUGGGUACCACAGCCAUUACCAUGAUGAGGGCUACGGGCCCCCCCCACCUCACUACGAAGGGAGAAGGAUGGGUCCACCUGUGGGGGGUCACCGUCGGGGCCCAAGCCGCUACGGCCCCCAGUAUGGGCACCCCCCACCCCCUCCCCCACCACCCGAGUAUGGCCCUCACGCCGACAGCCCUGUGCUCAUGGUCUAUGGCUUGGAUCAAUCUAAGAUGAACUGUGACCGAGUCUUCAAUGUCUUCUGCUUAUAUGGCAAUGUGGAGAAGGUGAAAUUCAUGAAAAGCAAACCGGGGGCCGCCAUGGUGGAGAUGGCUGAUGGCUAUGCUGUUGACCGGGCCAUUACCCACCUCAACAACAACUUCAUGUUCGGGCAGAAGCUGAAUGUCUGUGUCUCCAAGCAACCAGCCAUCAUGCCCGGUCAGUCAUACGGGCUGGAAGACGGGUCUUGCAGUUACAAAGACUUCAGUGAAUCGAGGAACAAUAGGUUCUCUACCCCGGAGCAGGCAGCGAAGAACCGCAUCCAGCACCCGAGUAAUGUUCUACACUUUUUCAACGCUCCUCUGGAGGUGACUGAGGAGAACUUCUUUGAGAUCUGCGACGAGCUGGGGGUGAAGCGGCCAACUUCUGUGAAAGUAUUCUCAGGCAAAAGUGAACGCAGCUCCUCUGGGCUGCUGGAGUGGGAAUCAAAGAGCGAUGCCCUUGAGACUUUGGGCUUCCUGAACCAUUACCAGAUGAAAAACCCAAAUGGUCCAUACCCUUACACUCUGAAGUUGUGUUUCUCUACUGCUCAGCACGCCUCCUAAUUAGGUGCCUAGGAAGAAUCUCAUCUGAGCAGGAAAACAUUUCUCUUUCCUUUAUGCUGUUCUGUUUUUUCUUUUUUUUUUUUUUUUUUCUCCAAAAGUUCUUGUAUUCCUUUUUUUAAUUCUAGGUUAGUAGAAGCUUAACCAUAAUGGAAACGCUGGAAGUCUGGAGGGGGAGGGAGAGGGGAACUGAUAUCUCCCAAGAUUAACCUUCACUUUUUAAAAAAUUAUUGUACAUGUGAUUUUGUUUUUUCCUGUUCAUACAUUUGUGCUGCCCAUGUACUCUUGGCACAUUUCAAUAAAAUUGUUUGGAAAAUAAACAUAGC